UGCGAUUGUGUCAUUCGAAAUCAUCGCUUCAAGCCGAACAGUUUGUAGAAGAGAACACACGGUUGUGGCUUUUGAAAGCAAAUAUAAAAACAAAAAUUAUAAUUAGUGUAAUCGAAGUACAUAAAUAGUAAAACGAGUUCAGACGACAGACGCGUCAAGGCGAAAAACCGCAAAAAAACCAAUUCGAUUCUGUGACACCGUUCGCAGUUCAAAAAAUGAUAAGCAUUAGCUGUGCGUUGUUGUUGGCGUGCUUUGCACUUGGCCUUCCGGCGGUUUUGUGUGCUACAGAGGCCGCGCCACCACAGGCAAAUUCACCCGCCACACUACCUCCAAUUCCAAGUGGCAUCUUCUUGACACAGCCCAACAUCUACGACUCGCCCAGCCUGGCCGAUGGGUUUGAUGAUUUCGACGACUAUGUGCCAUAUCGCAGCGAUACAUUGGAUCACUUCUCGUGGGCUUUGCUCAAAUUAGUGCUGCACGAGGAGUCGGGUAACGUCAUCAUAUCACCCUUCUCCGUGAAGCUUUCGCUGGCGCUACUGGCCGAAGCGGCGGGUAAUGGCUCGCUGACUCAACGGGAACUCUACAACACGUUGACGGACAUCAAACAACCAGAAAACUUGCGUGGAUUUUACAGAAAGACACUCACUGUGCUAAAGAAGGAGAAUCCCUAUUAUACACUCAACUUGGAAUCGAAACUUUUCACAGAUGUGGUCAUUGAACCGCACCAGCGCUAUGCAGCCCUGCUGAGCAGCUAUUAUCAGACCGACAUUGAGCGCCUGGAGUUUGCGAAUGCAAAAUCCUCUGCGGAUACCAUCAACAAUUGGUGUAGCAAUGUGACCAACGGCCGGCUAAAACAACUGGUCAACGACGGAAAUGUUCAAAAUAAUGUCCUGUUGUUGGCGAAUGUGCUGUACUUUAAUGGAGUAUGGCGUCGGCCGUUCAAUCGCACAUUCGAAGGCGUAUUUUUCCACACACCGCAGAAACAAUUGCGUGCUGAUUAUAUGGAGCAGACCGACUUCUUCUUCUACAAAAACGAUGAAGCGUUAGAUGCGAAGAUUUUGCGGUUGCCUUAUAAAGGCAGGAAAUUUUCCUUGUUCAUUUUGUUGCCAAAGACGUUGGGCAACAUCGAACAACUGCAAAAGAAUCUGGCCAAUGACCAACUGAAACGUAUGCAGUGGGCCAUGGAACCGGAGAAGGUGAAGGUCACAAUGCCUAAGUUUAAGUUUGAUUUUGACAAGAGCUUGAAGCCGACAUUGCAGCAAUUGGGCAUCAACGACAUUUUCACGAACGAGGCCUCUUUGCCGGGGUUGGCGCGGGGCGCAGCCGUUGCGGGCGUAUUAAAAGUGUCGAAUAUAUUCCAAAAGAGCGGCAUCGAUGUGAACGAGAAGGGAACCGAGGCAUUUGCUUCAACGGUAGUGGAAAUCGAUAACAAAUUUGGCGGCACACCGCUUAUCGAAGAGUUUAACGUAAAUCAGCCGUUUAUUUUCUUCAUUGAGGAAGAAGCUACAGGAAAUAUAAUUUUUGCCGGCAAGGUGUUACAGCCAGAAGUUUAAGUUGGCAUUGGGAUGUGUAUUUGCAUAUUUAAGUGUUUAGGUAGGGUUUAAUUUAUAUAAUUAGCAAGUAAUUUUAUGGUCACAUAUACAAAACGUGAGUGUCAUAAGUACUAUAAGAAUGGAAAUGACUAAGCAAAUGAUGAGCAUUAGGUAUUAUUAAGAAAUUAUUUUUAAAUUUCUCUUAAAAUAUUUAAGUAUUUGUGUUUCACAUAUGCGCAUUAGUUUCAUGUGCAACUUGCAAUUGAUUACGCGUACUUAUCUCUAAGGAAGUGUAAGAAGUUUAUAAACUGCAAACUAUUUAUAGUUUUUCAAUUCAAUGAGAACUGUGUGAUAAGUUUACAAAGUAAGAAAGAAUAAAACACCAAAAUUUAAA